CUGCGGCCGCGCGUCUGUCGUGCCGGCCCCGCGGCCCGCACCGAGCACACCCCCCGCUGAGCGCAGGCGCGCACCGCCCUCCCCGGUCCCGUCACUUCCCUUCCGCGCACCGCCCCAUCCCUCGGCCGGAAGUUGACGGCGGGUCGGAAGGGGCGUGCCGGAAGCGCUCUCGCGUGACGGUGCCACGUCGCGGGAGGCAGCGGCGGGUCGGGGCCCGGUGCGGGCCGGGGGCGCGAUGGCGGACUGGACUCGCGCUCAGAGCUCCGGGGCCGUGGAGGAGAUUCUAGACCAGGAGAACAUGCGGAUGGCUGACAGCCUGGCCUCCAAGGUCACCCGGCUCAAAGCGCUGGCCCUGGACAUCGAUAGGGACACGGAGGACCAGAACCGCUACCUGGACGGCAUGGGCUCGGACUUCAUGAGCACGACAGGCCUGCUCACGGGGAGCGUGAAGCGCUUCUCCACGAUGGCGCGGUCUGGGCGAGACAACCGGAAGCUGCUGUGCGGCGUGGCCGGGGGCCUGAUCGUGGUCUUCUUCAUCCUCUCCUACCUCCUGUCCAGAGCAAGGACGUGAGCCAGUGGGGCUGGCUGUGCGGGCGCCCCGGGCAGCCAGGGUCUCCCCCGGUGUGUGGCUGCAGGGGACCUGCUACCAAAUACGGCUUUGAAACGGUGA